AUGAGUUCUGGUUAAAAUCAAAUUUCAGAAGGCUUUAUAAAGAUGUAGCAUCUUAAUCAAAUGGAGCAAUUCUUUCAAAUGCAAGGUCGAUUUUAACUGUUGGAGGCACUUUAAAUAUUAGUCCUUUAAAAGAUUCUCUAUAAAUCCAUGGGGAAGAUCCUCAUUUUUAUACACGAACUUCAAUUGAUAUAUAAUUUACACAACUUUAUGAGAUUAAUAGAAUAAAAAUCUGGUACUAUGAUUUUGAAUAUAGAAUAUUCAGUUUUAAAAUAAUUGCAAUUGUAUAAGAUAAUAUUGAAAAGGAAUUGUAUUUAGGGUAUCAUUAAAAAGGUCUGGUAACGAUAGAAUUUGAAGAUUAAUUUGUAUAAAAAAUAAAAAUAAUUCAUUUGGGCAGCACACAUGGUGAUUUAGCUAUUUUAAAAAUCUAAGCUUCAUAUGUAAUAAAGAAUUUACUUUGAGAAGUUGAUUUAGAAUUGA